GCGGAGCGGGGGACGUCAUUGUUCCCCGACACGGGCCAAGCAGGAGCAGGAGGCGGAGGCGGAGCGGGCGGGCUGAGGCGAAAAGGGACCCGGCAGCGCCGACCCAGAGAUGAACAAUGACCAUAGUUGACAAGACAUCUGAGUCCUCAAAGCCUUCGGCUUCUGAGAAGCAGCCUUUCAGCUCCGUGGCACCAGCUUCCGGAGAUAUGGACUCAGGCUCUGCAGGAUGGGGUGCUGUGUCUUCUUCUUUAGAAGCUCCGAAACACAAAAUCUCUUUGGGACCAGUGCCAGGAGCUGCAGUGUACUCUAAUUCAUCGGUACCUGAUAAAUCCAAGCCCUCCGCUCAGAAAGAUCUAUCAGCUACUGGUGACGGCAUUGCGGCGCCCCAGAAGGUCCUCUUUCCGUCGGAGAAGAUAUGCUUAAAAUGGCAAAAAAUGCACAGAGUUGGAGCUGGUCUCCAAAAUCUUGGAAAUACGUGCUUCCUCAACUCUGCUUUGCAGUGUCUGACCUACACCCCUCCUCUUGCCAACUACAUGCUUUCCCAUGAACACUCCAAAACCUGUCACGAACAAGGAUUUUGCAUGAUGUGCACCAUGCAAGGUCACAUCACCCAGGCCCUUUCUAACUCCGGCAAUGUCAUCAAGCCUAUGCCUGUCAUAAACGACCUUAGACGGAUAGCAAAACAUUUCCGGUUUGGCAACCAGGAAGAUGCACAUGAAUUUCUACGGUACACUGUUGAUGCUAUGCAGAAAGCAUGUCUGAAUGGUAGCAACAAAUUGGACAGACAUACCCAGGCUACCACAUUCAUUCAUCAAAUAUUUGGAGGAUACCUAAGAUCUAGAGUAAAAUGCAUGAACUGCAAAGGUGUUUCAGAUACUUUUGAUCCAUAUCUGGAUGUUACGUUGGAGAUAAAGUCCGCUCAAAGCGUUAAUAAAGCCCUGGAGCAAUUUGUCAAGCCGGAACAACUGGAUGGUGAAAAUGCCUAUAAAUGUAGCAAGUGUAAAAAAAUGGUCCCUGCAUCAAAGCGGUUUACAAUACAUCGAGCUUCAAAUGUCCUCACCUUGUCCCUGAAACGGUUUGCAAAUUUCAGUGGUGGCAAAAUUACAAAGGAAGUGAAAUAUCCUGAAUACUUGGAUAUUCGACCAUAUAUGUCCCAGCCAAAUGAAGAGCCAAUUAUUUAUGCAUUGUAUGCAGUCCUGGUCCAUACUGGUUUCAAUUGUCAUGCAGGACAUUACUACUGCUACAUCAAGGCCAGUAAUGGACAGUGGUACCAGAUGAACGACUCUACUGUCUCAAACAGUGACAUCAGAACUGUACUGAAUCAGCAGGCCUAUGUGCUUUUUUAUAUCAGGUCCCAUGACAUGAGAAAUGGCGGCGAACACAUUCAUUCCGUUCACACUCCAGGGCAGUCUUCUCCCCGGCCUGUUAUCAAUCAGAGGGUAGUCAAUAAUAAGCAAACUGCGCCAGGAUUUAUUGGACCACAACUCCCUCCCCACAUGAUUAAGAAUUCAAAUCACUUGAAUGGAACUGGAUCCCUGAAAGAAACUCCCAGCAGCUCUGUGGCGAUCGCCAGCAACGUUGCCCUGAGCAGGCCGUCUUCUGCUCCGCCCACCAUGUCCAUCCCAAACUGGACGAUGAACAGGCCUGCAACCUCUACGACGCCCGACCCUUCCAAAAAGCAAAAAAUCACCAUCAGUAUUCACAACAAGUUGCCUGUUCGCCAAAGUGUCUCCCACGCCAGCUGUACCUUGGAGAACCUCAACAAGCCGGCCCCGUCCUCGACCAUUUCCAACCCUUCUGCGGUGCAAUCUACCUCAAGCGCGUCUACCGUAUCGGCUGCUAACCAAGUCCCCAAACCGACGGCUCCCGGCGAAGCAGGUCCCAAGCUGGUGGUGAACGGCAAGUCCAAACUCAGCCCGAGUAUGUUGGUACCGUACGGGGCAGAAUCUUCGGAAGACUCUGACGAGGAGUCCAAAGGGCUGGUAAAGGAGAACGGCCACUCCGAGCCUUUCAACGGCGUUUUAAUUGAAAACGUGGCCAGCGCCACGGAGAGCUCCUCUGCGUCCUGUCACGGCGUGGAGAAGGAGGUCUCGCAGCAUGAGCUGCCCAAGAACAUUACCGUGGUCGUUUCUAUUAGCCUGAACGAUACCCCUAAGCAAAACGGACAGCUAUGCAAUGAUUCCGCUUGCCAAGCAAAGCCCGCUAAAUUGGCCGAGAACCCGUUUUCCAAAGCUAAUGGACUGCCUGGAAAAGGAGCACCUACAGCUUUGCCCCCAGUUCCUGAAGACAGGAUCUUAGAGUCUUUCAAAUACAAUCAGCUGAAAACCUCAUCAGGGGACAUAAUAAGUGCUAGUGGAACCGAAAAAGCGUCGGAAGAAGGGGGCUGUUCCGAAGAGGCCCCCGGUACCCUCACCAACAACAUCCAGAACCCGUUGGCCCCGUCAGACCCUGAAAUCACUUCUACCACGGAAGAACCUUGCGAGAGGGUCACCGCCGAAACGGAAAUCCCUCCGUUAGAGAGCGAUGGGCGACGGGGCCAUAAGUCCAGUUCCCCGGGAGCGGAAGAAUUCCCCAGGAAAGGUGACAUGGAGGACCAGGCAGAAAAGACGAGAGGACCAAAAGAAGGGAAGGUGGCUUGGGAAAAGAGCCCCGAGCCUGGCAGAGGCGCUUUGGGGGCAGUUGAAAAGGGGGUGCAAAGCCCCCUUGCCAAGUCUGACAAUGAAUGUAGCUCUCAAAAGCUUGCCACUCUCAACACGGCGGAGAAAUGCCGAGAAACACAGGACAGUGAGAAAAGCUAUGAGGAUGCCACGCCGCCCGACGCCUCUUCCGUUCCAAGGCCGGAUGCCAUCGGGGGGAGCCCGCGCUCGAAGAACGACGGUGGCCGGCUGGGAGAAAACAACGAACAAUUCCAAGGGAACCCAGAAAGGCAAGAGCCAAAAUCUCAUUCUCCCCUGAAGGAGAAAGUUUUCACCUCCAAAAAAACUGACAAAGAGCACUACCGUUCAAAGAGGAAGCGCUCUGAAAGCGAGGAGGAAGAGGAGGAGAAGGAGGUGGCAGCGGAGGAGGCGGUGGCCACGGAGGCCACCCGGAGCCAACCAGAUGGGCACUACAGCAAGAGGAGGUGCUCCCACAGCAGGGAAGGUGCAAAGCAGCAAGAGCAUUAUCGACGAGAGUACUACAAUGCAAGUUAUUACCGGUUCCCAUGCAGUCCUGACCCUGGGAGGAGCUUGGGAAAAUACCCCCCUUACAGAUCUCGCAGCCGAGGGAAGACGGACCCGGAAAGGAACCGGCAUUGUUACGGGAAAGGCGAGCGUUCGUGGAGCAGAGAGCGGUAUUAUCAAGACCUCCCGAGGAGAUGGGAGGGCUGCAGGUCUUACCAUUACUCUUCCCAUGUCCCCCGGUAUAAUCAGGAUAGAAAAUUCACUCAUUGCGAGAGAGACUAUAACAAAUCAAGUUACGUUUACAGUAGCCCGUAUAAAUAUGAUUAUUAUAAAAGCAGAUGGACUCAUGACCAGGAAAGGAAACGGCGAUGCCAGAGCCCCGAGGGCGGCGACAGCCCCCUGGAAAAAAGAUGCCAAAAGGUUUUGCAAAGUGAAUCUCUCGACGAGCAAAGAGGGCGGAAGCACAAGAAGUCGAAGAAAAAGAAGAAGUUAAAAGAUAAACACCGAGAGAGAGAGUACAGGCAUCGCCAGGAGUCCGACCCAUCUGUGUCCAGCUCCGAGGCAGAGACUCACAAGCAUAAACAUAAGAAAAAGAAGAAGAAAAAGAAGAAACGUACAAAGAAAUCAGAAGGCUGCGAUGAAAUUUCAGCUCCUCCCCUUCCCAAGCCAAGCAGUUUGGAAACCAAGAAUCUCAAAACCUGGGAGAUGGCCGAAUCUUCGGUGGAGGCGUGUAGAAAACGUGGCCGGGGGCCCCAGGAUGGAGACACUGCCCUUUGCCAACAAACGAAGAGCAUAGAUGAUAGCAACAGAGAUGGCCCCUGCCCAUCUGCAGACCAUAAUGUAGAUCCAGGGUUUCAGCUGGAAGCCAUCCCUCCACAGCUUGCAGUAUAUUUAUAAACCGAAAAGCGAUUAACUCUUUAAUUCAUAAUUGGUGCUUCAGAAAUACUGUACAGGAUUUUACCAUGGAGAAAAGAAAAAAAACACCUUUUUUAGUUUUUACCUUGAGACUUUCUUUUUUUAAAUUAUCUGCAAUCCAAAAACAAGCCAACAACAAAAAGGAUGGAAACUUUCUACAACUGCUGAACAUCGUAAAAAUUUACCCUGUAAAUGUCACAGUAAGAAUUAAUGCCCUGGAACAGAACAUCUCAAAUGCUGCUUAGUUACAGACUCAGGUUGAUUGUGUUAUUCAUGUGAUGUUGCUCCAAGUCUACACAUCUGACGCAAGGGGCGAGGAAACCACAGAAUUAUCAAGCUGCAACUGAUAGUCUCUAUUUAAUUUAAAGAAUUAUUUAAAAAAAAAUUCACACACAACUAGGAUUUUUGCAAGAGCUUCAUCUGUUUUCUGUGAUGUCUGCUACUAGAAACUCACUUACUUUGUUUAUUUUUUUAAUUUUUGUUGGAUUCCAGUCUUGGACUUUGUGAAAUGUGCCGUUCAGACUCUUACCAGUUUUUGAAUGUAUCUCAGAACACAUCCGAAGACUCCUUGCCACACCUCUCGAGGGGGCUGUUUCUCCUGGCCCUGAGAGGUCACCAACCAACCACCGACUGGCAAUCGCGGGCCGUUUGAACAGCUGGGCUCAUUGUCUCACCAUCCAUGAGCUGUUCGGUUGGUCUGGGGUAUCUGCCCUCCCUGCUUCUAUUCCCCCACUCUGGUCGCCCUUGCCUCCUUGGCUGGGUUUUCCCUCUGCAGGCUUGUUCUUUUGGCCAUUGCUCGACCCCUAUGUGGCCUUCUCCCCCAAUCAUCUUGGCUGCUGCUUCCACCCCAUUUUUCUUGUCUAGUUUGUCUUCAUCUCCUCCAUCUUCUGUCUCAUUGACCUAGUUCACACAUAACAAUAACCCCAAGUAUGGAUUGUUGUUGAAUCGUGGGUGCAAACCCUACACUAUGGCUUAACUUUAGGUUGUUAACCCCAAACACCCCAAAGUUCACAAUUCAACGAGCCAUGGGUUCUCUUCCCAGGUUGUUCGUGAUUCGCACGUAACGACAACCCACAAUUCAAUAAGUCAUACGCAACCCAUACUCGGGAUUGCUGUUACGUGCGAAUCUCUUCUUCAUUCCGUUCUUGCUUCCUGCAGCUGCCUACCCUCAGCUUUUUCAAGCUGACUGGACUGUCCUACCGUUCUAGGGCGACUUGUCAGUCCUUGCCCGUGGACGAUGACAGUCAACAGGCACCAGGGCCUACAGCCACCCUGCGUUGUCCCAAAAAUUGCCCGAAGGAACCAACCUCAUACUUCCACUACAUUUUUAUUGCAUUUAUUUUUAAUAUUGUGAUGCUUGUCUUGACGGGUCUGAGUUGUCUGGUUCUUGUCCCUUCUUCAAAGUUUCUAGUUACAGACACAUUUCAUACUGUGAUUUAAUUUUUUUUUUAAUGAUGAAAUGCUAUCAAACUGUGAUACACUUAAUUCACUGGUCCUGCAUCAGGAGACGGAGUGGGGAAAGCUGUAUUAAAUACAGUUCAUCUGAAUAAUCUGUCUGGUUUAUACAAGCUGUGUUGUUCAGAGAUGUCUAAAGUUUGAUCUUUGUUUUUUUAAAGAUAAAAGCACUUGCCCCACUUGUAAAUAUUAUGGCAUGUAAAAUUUAUAUAGUAUAUAAAUACAGCAAGUCAAAACAA